AACUGACUCCACCCAAAGCUGAAAAGAAUGUUCUAGCCGAACCCAUAGCAGCACACAAAUAUCUUUUCGGAGCCAAGAAAAACGGUAAGUCAUGUGAUAGUUAAAUUUUAAAAACCUUUAAAAUGGUAGUGAUUCCGUGAUUUAAAACACAUUUAUAUUUAGAGUGUGGAACACCUUCACCGCCAUUUUAUUAUAAGGUUUCGAUAUUGUUUUGGAUUUUACAGCUUCAUGCUCAAAAUUAACACCAAAUAGCGACCUCUAAUAUGCAAGUGCAUUAUUGAGGCAGCUGAGUGAACAUAAUGUCGUGUUCUAAGAAACGAAAGUCCGGGAAACUCCUAAUGCUAGCACAGUGCGUGGAGUUAGGCAUUACUUUUAAGGUAACCCUAAGACCGGCAAUGAAUCGAGAAACAAUUUUAACACUGACUUUAACGAUACACUGCUGGCUUUACUGGUGUGACUAAUAAAAUUAUACCAAAGACACUUUAAGACACUCUGCCUACCCACCGAAAUGUGUUCAACGUGUUGAUUUCAUUCAAGAUCAACAUUCAAAACAAGACUGUAGUAAGACAUUGAAGGUAACUCAGUAUAUACGAUAGCUUUGUCAUUAAGUCAUGACUGACCCGAAUCCAAAGCUUGCUGCAUCGAAUUCUUGUUGUUGCACCGAAAUUUCUACACACAUUUUUUUUUUUGGGGGGGGGGGGUUGAUUCUAAGUCAGCCACAUUAUUUUCCAACCCUACCCCCCUCCAGGACCAUUUUAAAAUAAAACUCCCCUUUACCAAACAAACAAACAAGCAAAGGAAGAAACAAACGAUUACAUUUCAGUUGACGCUGUUUUUAAACCAAUCAGAUUUUGAUCACGCCCAUUGUUAGAAUCUGAACUAUUGUACUAUAUCAGAAAAUGAAAGUCACAUAUCCUUGAAAAUGUGUACCAUCUGAGGUCGAAAAAAAUCAUUUUUUACGCCAUGCCUUUCAUACACUUUUACUUUGCCUAUCGGCUAAACAAAUAGCAGUGGCUUAUCUGGAGUUUUAGCAUUGGGAACCAGGACAAGGUACAUACUUGUUUAAAUCUAAACAUCACAACCUGAACAUGGUUCUAAGUAAAUGUCGUAUGCUAAUCCUUGGUCAUGACAUCCUUUAUUGGAAUAAGAAAGAAAAACUCUUCGAUGAAUGUUUUCCAACUUUCCAAUUUGGACCCUCAGAACCCGUUGAUGUUAAUUUUAAAAACUUUUUUAAAUUAAGUAAAUAACAGAUUACGCCUUUAAGUAACUGCGGGAGCUUAUUUGAGUUAAAUUUUGAUGACUUUCUCGAUUUUAAUUCCGCAAUAAUGAUAUUCUCGUCUUACAUUUUAUGAAAUCUUGUUUUGCUAAGUAUUUAUAAUCGUCUGGAAUCUAAACCAUCGAUAAUCAUUAAAUAGAGUGGUGUUAAAAAAGAAACUUCAUCAAUAACAAUAGUUCUGUUAGAAUGUACAUGGACGUAAAUUCUCAAAACUUAACUCAACGACCUGUUGUUGUUUUUUUUAAAAGAAGAUAACUUAUGUUUUUAAUAAUUUAUAUCUACCACAUGGGGAAACGCAGCCACAUUGCGCGAGUAAAAUACUGUCCAUCCUAUUUUUGUGACUCAAAAUCCAAUUUUACUCUCUGUUCCUUUAAAGUAAAAUCACUCAUUGCAUCAAAGUUGAAAAUCUAGAUGUCCUUUUGUGUGCAUUAUAGUCGCACGACGGGAAAAGCAGCAAAUGGGAGCGCAACACUAUGCGCAAUGAGAGUGGAUUGGACAAGCAAAAUCCACCCGGGAAAUUAUAAUUAGUUUAAUUUUAUACAUAUAUGCAAAUACGUAGACGAGGCUUUUGAAAUACUAGCGUGCCUUUAUUCGAAUUACUUAUUAAUUCAUUACAAAAACUAAUAUAUAUAUAUUAGUUUUUGUAAUGAAUUAAUAAGUAAUUCGAAUAAAGGCACGCUAGUAUUUCAAAAGCCUCGUCUACGUAUUUGCGUUCUCGAGAGUUCCCACCUUCCGAAUUUUAAAACGAUUAAAUGUGACAUCAAGUAAUAAUCCUUGAGGUUUUUAGAUGGUUGAAGGUCCACUGGUGUCUUUAGAAUGUUAAAACUGUUUAAAUGUUUGUCAUUCGUUACAUUUUUUAGAGUAAGUAUGUGACUCGAGUUCUAUACAUUUUUAAAGGUGUUUUUAUUUGAACAGAUUUGACAAGAAAAUACUUUCAUCUGCUUUCAUUUAUGUUACUUUGAUGUAGAAGCAAGAUCUGAACGUCACAGCUAUCUCCUGUUCGACAUCAACAACUCAGUGAAUGAACACGCCAAUGGGGUAGCCGUCAUGGAACAUGGCCUGGUCAUCCAGUAUACAGGUAUUAAUGUUAGCAUACUUGGCCACACCAUGACACACUAUGGCACACUUAAUAUGGUACAAUAUGACACACUAUGACACACUAUGACACACUAUGAUACACCAUGACCCACUACGAUACAUUGUGACACAUUAUGGUACACAAUGACACACUAUGACACGUUAUAUAUAUGCGAUUCAAGCGUUUUCUUCAAAGAUUUGCAUCAACUAUGUAUCUCUAACAUUGAGUGUUAAAGUAUAUGAUAAGUCCGAUUUCUUUAAAUUGUUUUUUUGCCUACAUCUCUAUAGUAAAUUACAGUUGAGGUCAAUUUUUUUUAGUAUUCGUUCCGUAAUGUUGUUUGGUGACAGCACACACAAUUAUAACACGGGAGAUAUUGCAAAUUUGAAUUGGUUUAUUAUGCUUUUUACAACAACAGCAAAAAGAAACUAGACAACGAUCCCUAAACAUUUUAACGAACAAUGCAUUUUGGGGGUCAAUGUGGUCAACGUAGAACUGUUAAAUUAAGUUGUUUUUUAAAAACAGUAACUAACUUUUAAAAAAAAAGAAAUCUAUGUUGCACUUUUAUUUGAGUGAUAGAUUGUAAAUUGGAGGAUGCUGAAAAAAAAGUAUUCCUUUUAAAAGUUACUCGUAUGUGCUGUUUUUUUUUCUUCUUUUUUUUGGCCAAAGGAAUGUAUUACAUUUACAGCAGCAUACGUUUCAUAUCAGCCAAACUUGACACACAGCUGAAAACUGUAAGUAUGAUUGAAACAAACUGUAAUAAUCAAAUGACUAUUUCUUUCCUAAACACUGUCACAGAAUGGGCUUCCGUUUCAACUGUCACAGAAUUGGCUUCUGUUUUUAUAUGUCGAACACUAUUUUUAAUUGUCAGUGUAAAGAUUUUGGCAAAGUAAGCAAUAUAAAACAAGAAUAUUAAAAAAUAUUAUUACUAUGGAAAUGAAUAGAAUAGUUCUUUUACAUUUAUUUUAACUCUCUACAUUCUGAAUAGCGUAGUCCACCCGUAAAUGGAUUAAGCCUACUCUAUAUGUCUUUAUUAGCAUCACUAUUGCCGUGUAUAGUAUAAAGAUCACCAUAUACGAUACUGUGCAUGUAUACAAGAUACAACGAAAAAAAACAGCAUGCAACAUUCAGCAUAUAACAUUCAGGAUAAAACACACAUCAAAAAACAUACAGCAUACAACAUACAAAGACUGAAAUCAUUGGUAGCUAUCUUUUCAAUUCUUUUUUGAGAGCUUUUGAUCCCUUACACAUCACCUUCACAAAAUCACGCGCCUUAAAUGUAGAUCUCAAAGAUCCACAUUCCAUAAAUAGACAAACACUUUUGUCCAUUUUGCGUCAUUGGUUAAUCUUGAUUUACACUCCCAGGUCCUAAACUGUUUCAAUAAAACAUUUUUUUUUUACAGUUAUCACGACUUUAAGUCGAAUUUCUAACAUGUCGCUUUUACGAGAAGACAAUUAUUUGUUUCUUACAAUGUUAAUAAAAUCUUAACUUUUAUUGCUCAUUAAAAUCUGUUCCUGGAACAGAUGCAAAUAUAUUCAUGAACGGAAUAAAUGUGUAUUAAAUGUUACAUUAUCCACUUCUUAUAAGGAGUUAUGCCACCCAGUUUACGGCCCUUUUUUAUAAAUAUAUUCUUCCUCGCAGUUUUUAAGUUUGAUCGCUCACAAAACUAUGUGAUUCCGAGUAAGUUGGCCAAGUUUAGCAAAUAUUAUAGUAAUUAUUGAGGAUGCUACUUUUUUGAAGUGCACUUCUCUUUGUUGCUAAAUUUCUAUUGUUAUAUUUUUUUUUUGUCAUACCUAUAACUUACGUAUUUUUUAUUAUUAUUACAUAUAUAAAUACUUUUUCCAGUUAAUGAUUUCGUAACAGAUUUUUUUAAAGUGUGUAAUAUUUCUAAAAAUGUUGUAAGCUGUUACAUGGGCAUUUUGUUAUUCUAAAUAAUAAUGUAACGUUAAUUACAUCAAUUAAUCUUACAGUUAAUGACUGAACCAAUGCGUUGUGUGUUUAUGUUACAGUAUACUACACAUGUACAGCACAUAAGUCCAUACGAUCGUUCAAACACGAUCCUGCUAAAGGCUGAGUACAGUGGAAGCAAGACUUUUCAGGAAUCAACAUUUACUGGUAUCAUUGUUUAUUUUUUAAAGAUCCUUCUUCAAACCAUUCAUAUAAAACUAGAAGAUAUGACCCGAUGUUACCGGGAUAAUAAUGGAAGGCAUUUUGCUAUCUAUUCUACCAGCUAAAGCGAAGUGAACAUCUAACAAUUAAAUAUUUACGUUUAUAGCUGAAAAUUGUACGACAAUAUUCCUCGCCCUUGAAUUAUUUAUUUCGGAAAUAGUUCAUUAGACUUUCUUCAUUUUAAGCAUACGCAUACUUACAUUGAUGUUUAAUGUUAUAACGUCAUUUAAUUUUGAAAAAUAUGUUUGCAAUAUAAUAUAGAUGUACCCUACCCUAUUAUUAAUCUAAAAAUUUUAAUAGCACGUCAUUAAAAUUACAUUAAAAUACAUUAAAAAAUGUGUAUACAAUUUUAAUUAUUAUUAGUUUAUUUUAAAAAAUUAAUUACUGAUUUUAUUUAUUUUAAGAUAGAUGCUUUAAAAAGUUCAGGAUAUAUAAAAUCUAGAGAAAUCAAAAUACAAUAUGAGCUGGAAAUGGAAACAAUAAAUAAAAGAGCAUUAUAUUUUACCUGGAUCCAUUCGUUAUCUGAUAGUUUACUCUAAUUUUUUUUUUCUAAAAGAGAGGUUGGAGGGAUAGACCGCAGCCAGGUUUAAAAAGUUGUAAAUGUGUGACACGAGGUGUGGCCAAACUUGAUCAAAGGAUGCAACAAAACGACGAACGUUUCAGGCCCUAGAAAACCUUGUUUCAAACAUGUGCUUCUAAUUUUUCUAACAGUAUUGGAAUCAUAAUGCACCCGAGUGUAUCGGAUAGAGAAAUAAUAAAAAAUGAUUUACUCAGAUAGGAUUGAUAAACGUCUUGAGCCUAAUCGAUGUUGAUUUGCCUGCAUAGCGAGGCAUUUGCCUCGUUUAGUUUGUGUAAGAAACUCCAAGAUUCAAGAUCUUCUCGUUUGCAAAGAUGACUUUAUCCUUAUCAUUUUAAUAUUUACAAGAAACGACAAUUUCCAUCAACAACAAAAAUGUAUUUUCAAGCUUUCAAAAUAUUUUUUUAAACACUGCAGUAUGAAUUAAUAUCUUAAUUUAAAAUUAGAAAAGACCCAUUAGACCAACUUACUCAUCAACCCAUUUUUUUUUCGAUAUUGAUGUAUUGUUAUAUUUUUCUAACUGCUUUUAAUUAUGUUUUUUUAUCUAUUGUUUGUUCGCUGACGAAGGCUUCCUGCCGACACGUUUUUGGUUUUAAUGGUUUUCCUUUUUUCACGUUUUCCCAUACUUUGUUUUACUCAAUUUCAUUUUGCUAACCUGAUUGCAGUCUGUCCUUUUUUAUUUACAUUUAAGAAUUUUAACUAACUUACAAAGUAAAUUCCAUGCCAAGAAGUACACAGUAAAUUUAAGGGAUUACAAGUUAAAUUAUAUAAAUUCUUUGUAAUUAUACCCCCCUUUCCCCCGAACACAGACUACUUUGAAAUUCUGACAUAGAAUGUAGUUCCUAAUAUUUUAUUGCUAAAUAAAAAUACAACUGUUUAUCUCAAAGUGUUAAUUGAGAAAAAAUAAGAAAUUAUAAGAAAAGAACACGCACUCACACACAGGCACUUACACACACAAAAUGCGACCCAGGGAAGCUGCUUCAAUUAAACUUCAUUGAAUAAGGAAUUACACUAAUCAUAGAAAGACAACUGAUAAAAUUCACCACGAUGUUUCAACUUGUGCCCCUUUAUUCCUAUCACGGUAAAGUGCACCGGCUGCCCCAUUUGUUUAUUUUUUUUUAAGUUCCACUGGUCACUUGGUUACGACAAUUUAUUGGGAAAUUCUUAUUAGUUUUUACUUUGAAAUGUAUCUUAAGUGUCCGUUAUUUUCAGGUGGAGUUUUCUUCCUUCACGCUGGGGAUGUCAUACAGGUGUGCGUCUCUGAUCCAGGUGUGGUGGAAAUAAGUGAGUCCACUUACGCUGGCCUGAUAAUGCUUGGUUCUGACUCAAAAAACAAGGGAUAACUCUGGCGGAGACAGUACUGGAUACUGACGAUAACUGGAGGAUCCAUCACUGGAUACUGACGAUAACUCUGACGGAUACAGCACUGGAUACUGACGAUAACUCGGGCGGAUCCAUCACUGGAUACUGACGAUAACUCUGACGGAUAUAGCACUGGAUACUGACAACAAAGGAAUAUAUUUAAAGUACUGCAUUCAAGCCAUGUGAAUGACAUAUCAGAACUUCCGAAGACAACAAAGGAGAUCGCAAGAGUUUUAAUUUUUUAUUUUUUUUUUUAUUUGCUAUGCUCUGUUUCUUGUCGUAUUUUUAUUAGUCAUGUUCGCUGAUUUCAAGAAACGCGAAGUUUAUUAUGCCCAGGAUCAGGUCUGAUCCGUGAAUUAAAACAUUCAAUAAUAAUGUUAGCUAGUAAAAUUAAACCUCCCAUUAUAUCAAAUAAAUUAUUAAUCAGCUUAUGUUACAAUUCAACACAAAAAGUGUGCACCUUAUAAUCUCUCCAUUGCUUUCAUUGCAGUUAUAUUGCAAUUGCAUGUAGUUUGCGCAUAGAAAAUGGAUACUUGUUAUAUACUAUAUUUACAGUGUGGGGUGUGUCAUCAACUCAUGAAUUAUAUAUUUUUUUUUAAAUGUAUUAAUAAUAAAGUGAUUAAAUUAUAUUUAUAUACAGCCAUUUUUUUUAAAACUAAACAUUUAAAUCUUCACAUAAAAUCUAGUUCAUCGACGAAUAAUCAUGAUCAUUGUUUUAAAUAAUACUGGCUCAUACAUGACAAUCUAUCGUGUCGGCAGUAGCACACGUAAUGAUGCUUUUAAAUCGCGUUUCAAACAAUGAUGGUCGAACUCUAAUCAACCUUAACUAACCACUCUCAGAAUUUGAUUGCUAAAAAAAAAAAAAAAAAAUUUUUGUGAAGAAUAU